GGGACUCCUGUUGUGAUGUCAGGCUGCCGGGGGGUUCGAUGUUUUUGUCGCCAAAAGGUGCCUAGCAACGGAUAAGGAUACAGUGAGCGGCUUCUGCUUGAAAGGAUGCCCCAGCCCUGUGCUGCUGUUCCCAUUUAACCUCAUCUCACUGCCCAGCGUUCAGGGAAUUUCGUUGCUGUGCUGGCAGGCUCCUUCUCGCCUCCCGGCAUUGCAUUUUAAAUCCUACCUUUAACCGGUCCUUCACUCAGCUGUCGGCUUCUUGUUUUUUUUAAAAAAAAGAAUAGAGUGAGGUGAUUACUCCCCUCGCCCAAAUUCCCAGCGCUUCUCGCCGGAUACUGUCGGGCCUUCACAAGAGUUUCCCCGGUCUGGCUUGGCCUAGAGCCCGUGGAUGUAACCGCGGGCCUUUUUAUUUAAGAUACGUGCGUGUAGCCGAAGAGUUUUAACAUUUCACAGGCACUUCCGUGAAUUCUACCGGAGAUUUUGUUUCUUCUGAGAUGAAAAAGAAAAAAUACCAACACAACCAUUAAGAACCAUAGAAAUAGCCUGGAAAUGGCAACAUGGAAUGGAGGAAUUGUACAAAGGGUACCAAAUCUGGAAGAUACCAGUGUUUUCCAAGAGAGAGUAAAAAAUGAAAGACAAAUAUUGAAAGAAUCACUGGCUUUACAGUUAAAUCAGGAUCUUCUUGGGAUCCUUAUUGAUGGAAGUCAGACAGAUGUCACGUUCCAUGUGGGAGCUGCUGUUUUCAAAGCUCACAAAGCUGUGCUGCUUGCAAGGGUCCCAGAGUUCUUCUUGCGCAUUUCUGGAAAACAGUUGAGCCAGGAUGUUGAGAACUGUCCACAAGUCAUCAAUGUAGAAAAUUUCCGACCUUCACAGUUUAAAUGCUUUUUGCAGCAAAUUUAUACAGCGGAUCGAAAAGUAGACCAUCUUGAAGAGGAGCUACUUUUGAAUAAAGAGCCCAAUCGAGGAAGACUGAAGACUGAAGAAACUUGCUCGCUCAAUAGUGUUUUUCAUAAUUUAGGAAUGAGCAAUGGGCGAGGUGGUGAUAGAUGUAUGCCAUCUAGUCCAUUUCUUCCUGAUAAUCAGACCUUGGAAGCAAAUGAAGAGAUGUUGACCUCAAGCCUGUUGGAAGAUGACAUGCCUGAAGGAAUGUUUGAAAUGCCUGAGGAAACUGAAGCAGAGGAUUAUGCUCUGUCCAGUGUUGUUGUCUCCUCUGGACCAGAUGAUCCUGUACCAGAGCCAGCAUCUAUGCUGGGUGCUGAUCUCUUAUCCCUAUAUCGGAGAGGAUGUUGCCCUGACAUAACCCUUCACGUUGAGAACAGAAUUUUUCAUGCACACAGGGCCAUCCUCUGUGCUCGCUCCAGUUAUUUUGCAGCAAUGUUGAGUGGAAAUUGGGCAGAAAGCUUUCAGAAAUCGAUCACUCUUGCUGGUGUGAGCCACGUGGAGGUGGAAAUCAUGAUGAACUUUUUAUAUGGAGCUAUUUUAGACUUGCCCAAAGAAAUUCUGCCACGUUCAGUGCUUACAUUGGCAGAUAUGUACAACUUGGAUGGGCUGAAGAAAGUAGUCCUGCAUGUUCUGAAAAAGGAUUAUUGCAAGUUCUUUCACAAGCCUGUUAUUGGAAUGCAGCAAUCUAUUCUGGAGUGCCUGCAGAUAUCUCAUUCCGUUGGAAUUGAUGGUCUUUACAGUUCCUGUAUGAGAUGGAUUACCAAAUAUUUUGUGAAAUGCUGGUCUGGAAAGAAUUUUGCCAAUCUUCCAGCAGAACUGCAGCAAGCCUGUUUGAUGUCUUUAGUCCAGUCUUUAAAUGUAGAAAACGUGGUUUCUGUGCUGAUGGACAGUGAUCGUCUACUGUGGAAUCUUCCUGAGGUGAAAUGGGCAGAGCAAGCCAUUGCCUUGACAAAAGAACUGCAAGAUGAAUGCAUCAAGUUUAUUGUGCCACACUUCCUUGAGACUGUACAAAGUAAAAGUCUCCUCCAUCUAUUAAAAGCACAGAGAAUGAGCAGAAGACCAUAUCUGGUGGAAAGGAUUUUUGCAGCUAUUGAACAAAACAUUACAGUGACAGACGGUUGCUUGCAAUUUAUAGCAGUGGACCUGCUGAGGAGCCAGGUGGCUUACAAAGAGGUGGGUUUUGUGAGUGAGAUUUUGACCCUCUUUGACAAGCUCUGGAUGUUUCUGGUUCAGUCUUUUUAUGCAGUCCGUCACACGGAAGGCUGGAAGCUGAUGAAACCUCAAGACCAAGAGCAAAUCCAGGCAGCUGCUCUUGACAAAGGUGAUGAUAGAAAACUCAGCAAAAGACCAACUUUGACAAGCUCACAGCAAAAGAAACGUCCUUUACUUGACCCUUCUCCAUUUGAUGUGGUAGAGCAAGUGUGUAGAAAGGGAAAAGUGCCGUCCAUAAAUACAGUUGGACCUAAUAGUCAAUUGACUGCUGCUUCAAAAAUGAAGUCUGAAAGUUCAGUGCAUGCAACAAACGGACGACUGUCAGCUGGUGCUUUGAGGAAAAGUGAAGCAAAAGGAAAGGAUGCGAAAAAAGCAAAUGACAAAAUACCAAAAAAUGGGAAAGCCAAUGAGAAAGGUACUGUGACAAAGAUGAACACUCCUGCAAAAGCUAGACAGGAAUCCAAGACAAAAGCUGAGAGCACUGUCAGUAAGAUGAAAGUAUGUGCUGACAGUCUGGCAUGUCAGACAGUUUCUACAGUGAGCAACAAAGACAUCACUGGACAGGAUGGCAAAGCAAACACAGGUGGUCGACCCAAAAUAUGUCUCAGCUCUUCCAGCAUUCAAGCAAAACAAGGGAAACUGUCAAAGAAAAUCGUCCAAGCACAAUCAGAAUUGUCGCAGACAGAGAGAAAUGGGAACAAGCGUCACUCUGACAAGCCCGAACUUUUGAGCAAGGAUGGUGCUGGAGGUACAAGUGGAUAUGUUAGAUUACAAGAGGGUAAUGAGAUGGACGAAAUAAACUAUCGUGAUAAGAAAAUGGCAUUUGUCAUUAGUCCUACUGAAACUGCAGCACAGGAGCCUGCAAAGAGCUCAGUUGGCCAGAAAUCAGCAGUUAGGUCAGCAAGUGUCACCAAAGCUGCAAAGACUCCUCCAACUGCAUCAAUGAAAACUGGUAGACCACUUUCUAAUAGUGUGCCAAAUAAACAGAGAGCACAAAAUAGAGAUGAAGCGUUGUCCCAGGCUCAUAUGAAGAAAACAUGGAAUAGCAGCAGCAACUCAUCUAUUCAGCACAGACCAAGGAGUGCAUCUGGGGCAGCUAAAGCUAAAGAUCCAAAAGGAGGAACAGUGGGUUUUGAAAAAACCGACCCUAUUUCAAGCGAUGCUUCAAAACAGCCUACCAAAGUUCCAAACUGUGAAGAAAUAAUGGCUAAUGAAGUCCUAACAAAGGCUAAUAAUUCUAAACCAGUAAAAGCAGCUGCCCUCUCCACAAUAAAGACAAAUACAAGGAAAAUGACGCUACUUGGUGCCACAAGUCCACGGACACCUAUUAAUUCCAGUAAGGUUGCACUCAAAGAGAAAAGUGCAUCUCUACCCAAUGUUAGAAAGCCAUCGACUAAAUUGCUUCCAGUGACAACCAAAGCAAGUUCCAGCCUAAAAAGAUCUGCCUCUAGUUGUCAUGACAAGGUGGCUCCAAAUUCUCCGUCCCAUGACAUGAAAAGUGGAACAGAGAUAAGUGAUCAAACGGGACCAAAUAAUUGGUCACUGCUCUGCCAGAAUGUAGAAAUACCAACUGCCUUACAAGAUAGCAGCUUGGCGCAAGGAGACCACAUUUUGACAUGUGAACAUUCACAACAAAUCAUUACCUCCAUCAACCUAUCUAACCAUGUUAAAAAAGUAAAUCAUUGUAUAUCAGAAAAAGUACAGACAGCUUUAGAUAUGACUUCUGCAGCUAAUUCUGAAGCUCAUACAAUACAAAAGCCAUCUAAAGACAUUGAACUGAAGACUGAAUAUUAUAAAGCUCAAGAUCAUUCUUCACCUGCAAAUAAAGAAUCCCAAAGAACUGAAUCUUCUGAACCAAAGCUAUUGAUUUUUAAUGGCUGUGAGAAAACAAAGGAAGUUCCUCUUCAAAGAGAGUCUCAUUUUGCUGAAGAAAUUAAAGCUGGCCAUCCUGUUAAAGGUGGGGAUCAUGAAGAAUGGUCUCUUCUAAAAAAAGGCAUAUUUGAACUAAACAAUACAAUUUUCACUCACUCAUUUGACCAAACCAGUGAUGCUGCAAAAUCUAGCUUAAAACGAGAUGAAAAACCAGUUCUGUCCGAUUCGCCUAAAGAAGUAGUUGAGUCAGGAAUCCCAGAAAAUCAUGAACAUUCAGAAACUCAACUAGUGGAAUCUUGGAACUUGGGCACAGAAGUCUACCCAGCAUCAGAUGCAUCUUUCCCAAAGCAAAGCCCAGACACAGACACUGGAAGUGCAACAACAUCAUCUGAUGACAUAAAACCUAAUUCAGAAGAUUAUGAUGCUGGAGGUUCCCAGGACGAUGAUGGAUCAAAUGAGAGAGGCAUUUCCAAGUGCAGUACAGUUGUAUGCCAUGAUUUCCUUGGGAGAAGUAGCAGUGAUACCAGCACGCCUGAAGAGCUUAAGGAAUAUGACAGUGGAUUAAGAGUAGAAGUAAAAGUGAAAGUUUUGGAGCCACAUGGGAUGACAAGAGGUGCUAAUACAAGAGAAUCACUAAUUAAUCACUGUCCAAAAAUAUCUCCAGGCAUUAAAGCAGUGGAAAGAGGAAGUGAAGAAAAUGGUGUGCCUGAUGGUGAUAAAUUAGAUCCUCCCUCAGAUCUUUUGUCGUCUUGUGAAGUGACUGAAGAAGAUAAGUCAGAAAUUGAGAAUGCAGAGGAAAUUUUCCCUUCUGCUGCUGCUGCUCCUCCACCUCCACCUCCACCCCCUCCUGACCAGGGUAUUUACCAUUUUCAGGGCAUUGACAACCUGGCUUUUGAAGACAUUACAGAAAAUGAGACUGACGUAACAAACUUUUCUUCAGCUGCAAAUUUUAAACGUUCUGUUCUGCUGUCUGUGGAUGAAUGUGAGGAGUUGGGUUCUGACGAAGGAGAAGCUGGAAGUCCUCUUGCCUGCUCUUUUGAUUCUCUUACUCCCUCGGAUGUAUUUGAUGGUGGUUCCCAUGACAGUGGUCAUCAACAUUAUGGCAGAACUUAUUACUCGCGGUACUCACUGGAAAUUGAUGAUGAUUUUUUGGUGUGUAGCCACCUUCAAGAGAAGGCCAAAAAACAAACAAAGGAGCCCAGUGCUGCUUCACCUGCAGAUGAAACGAACAUGGUAGCUAAUGAUGCACUACUACAGGUUGUUUCAACGGAAAUAGAAGAGACAAAACAAGUAGGUAUUGAACCUGCUGCACCCCAUCAAUGCAAUGAACCUCUUAAUGGAGGAGAAAAUAAGCAUGAAGGCAGUGACCGGAUGGAAGGUAAUAUGCUUGAAAACCAAUCUGACGAUAACAUGCAGCCUGAAAAAAAUAACAUGCAGCCUGAAAAAAAUAACAUGCAGCCUGAAAAAAAUAACAUGCAGCCUGAAAAAAAUAACAUGCAGCCUGCACGUGAUGGCGGUGGUGGUGACAGUAGACCUCAAGAAAGACCGUGCCAUUUGCAUCUCUGCCAGAAAGGACAUUCUGGUGUACACAGUGAUGACGUUGCUACAAAUGAGCAUUUAGCUAACAUGGAAAAAGAGCAUGGGCAAGCUUACUACUCCACAAUCAAUGAGCAAACUAAUAAUACUUUGCCAACAGGAAACUUAGCUGAUUGUGACAGAUCACAAAGCUGCACAUUUGAUCGUCGCCCUUCAAAAACCCUUUCUCCCAUAUACGAGAUGGAAAUUAUAGAAGAUGUGGAUCGGAGUUCAGACGUAGAGGUGAGCCACGUGCACCAAGAAGAAAAUGAACACUUUGCAAAAAGAGACUGGAUACUACUUAAGCAGCUUCUUGGAGAUCAGGAUCUAAAUUGUGGGAUUGUUAACUGUCUACCUGAAGAUAUCAACCUCGCAAAAUAUCUGAUCAGCCAAACACUCUUCCUUUCUAGAGAUGCCUGUAGGACUCCAGGUAGAAUUGCAGUUGAAAAAGAGGCUUGGUAUAAAUGGACUGAAUUGCUGUCUCCUUCAGAGGACUCCACAGCUAGCAUUACGGUGGCCAGCUUUUCACCAGAAGAAUCUGUAUCUCCGCAGGGGGAAUGGACAAUUGUGGAACUGGAAACCCACCACUAGCAUACCUACUAAAUUGUGUACAUUGGAGUGCAAGAUAAAUUUAAUCCAUAUGUCACAUGGUCCUAUCCAUUCUCUGUGGCUUAACAACUGAGGCUUAUUGUGUCACCUUUUGGCUGCGGCAGUAGAUAAUGAAAUUGUAGUUUUGACAUUGUUACAGAAUUACCAUUUGGGGGUCUUUAUGAAGGAGUUUGGCAAAGAGGAUAAACAUGAGAUGUAUGUUUUGAUGCUUUACCUUAAAUUUGGGACUUGGGCAAAAGAAAAAUGUUUGUAAAAUAAUAGUUCGUCUAAAAUUGAGACUUCCCUUCACUUUCUUAGUAAAAUUUUAGAAAACUAAAAUCAUUUGAUUGCUUUGAAGAAGCAUUUUUCUUUUUUUAAAAAAUCAGAAUAGGUAGUGAUAGAGAACGUUCAAAUUCCAAGAUAUAGGAAUUUUCUUAACUGUUUGGAUAGAAAACCUUCUGGAAUUGAGGACUGCAAGUUGUUUUUUUAAUCAUUUUUGAGGUUUUAGAUAUUGGUACAAUAUUCAUGGGACUAGAAUCUUAUCUAAUUUUAGUCUUAUUUUCUCAAUAACACAAAUUACAGGUUACAUGGUACAUUUCUGCUGGCUGUUUAAAAUCAAGUGAUUUUUCUUAGUCCAUCUUUGGAAUUUUCUAUCGUCAUAAGUAUAAUUUGAUAUAUUCAUUUGACUCAACAUAAACUAAACAUACAUGAAAUGCAUCCAUGAGAAGAUAAAAUUUCAAUGGUCAUUGUGCAAAUUGUUAUUUGAUAACCCUUUAAAUAGCACUGAUUAUUUUGCAUCCUGUAAAUUCAAAGAUGGUCAUAAUUUUGUUACAAUAUGCUUUUUUGAUCUGAUUGAAAGCUAUGCGAAAAACUGGAUGGAAAAUUAAUAGAAUAUUAGAAAAUUGUGCUUUUGACUAGGGUGUAGCUUUAAGUUUUUAUACAGGUGAUAACAAGUUUACCUUUUCUGUGGUUGUGUGGAAUCAACUCCAUUUUGAUUUAGAAACCCCUAGUAUCAUCUUUUAAGUGAGAUCUCAAGUAAACUCGUGGGAGGGAUGCGCCUUCUAGGAAUGACAUUUGGGGGCUAUCCUUGAAAUCCUAUGGUUUAAUCACGUGAUUCAGUCAGCUUCUCCCACUUUGAUCUGAUCUGUGACAUGACCUCACUUGGAAGUGCUUGAUUAUUUAUGUGCAGUUAGAGAAGGCUUUCUCAUUUUCCCAGAGCUGCUUCUCCAUGAGUUUGAAGAAUGCAAUCUUGCCACUUGUAUACUGAUGCAAAAAAACUAGUUUUAGUGCAGAGAUCCAACUUUUAACUGUAAACGUUGGAUUGCUGUUUAGACUUGAAAGUGUGUGAAUGAAUAGUCACUCAAUUCUGUUAACCAAGCAUCAAAACUGAUCCUGAUGCUCAUUAUUCAAUAUCACAUUUUAUAGACAAUAGGUGCUGGAGUAGGCCAUUCGGCCCUGCGAGCCAUGAACCACCAUUCAUUAUGAUCAUGGCUGAUCAUCCACAAUCAGUAUCCUGUUCCUGCCUUAUCCCCAUAACCCUUGAUUCCACUAUCUUUAAGAGCUCUGUCUAUCUCUUUCUUGAAAGCAUCCAGAGAGUUGGCCUCCACUGCCUUCUGGGGCAGAGCAUUCCAUAUAUCCACCACUCUCUGGGUGAAGAAGUUUUUCCUCAACUCUGUUCUAAAUGGCCUACCCCUUAUUCUUAAACUGUGUCCUCUGGUCCUGAACAGAGUCAAGCUGCAUUCUGUUUUUCAUGCUAUGCUGUAAAGGAAAACUGUAUCCUAAAUACAAAUUAAUUGUUGUGCUACGUCAGUAUUUUAAUCUGAGGUGCUAGUGGUUCAAAACCUACUUAACCACUUAUUCUGAAAUGCAUUGCCAUCAUAAAUUGCACACUUUUUUUAGUUCCUUAUUUCCAUCUUUUGAAAAGACAGAAGUGUCAUCUGCAAAAUCAUUGUACCUGCAGAUUAUUACAUUAACUUCAAAUAAGUAUUAGAAAAAGUUCUCAUUUAAAAAAUUUUCACCCAUCCCCUUUUCUGUUUUAGUGUACAUAAUUCCUAAAGUGACAGGUGCAGAAAACUGGAAACUUGUAAGAAAUGAGAAUUUUUCAAUAAAUGUCAUCCACCCCAUCAAAUAAGCAAUUGAUGCUGUGCUCUUCCUUUUAGAGUAUUCCAGAGCCCUUCAGCAAAGUGAUGAAAAAUCAUAGCCGAGAACCUGCAUUACACCACCCAUGAUACCUCAGGGUGCUUUACUAUGUUGAAAGUUCUGUGUUGAAAUACAUUGUUUUUGCAUUAUGUUAUUGUGAAAAUGCCUAAUAAUAUGACAUACAAUUUUCCCAAAACACACACAUUUUAACUGUCAAAACAGAAAAUGAAUCAUGCAUUUUAAGUGUAGUGUUUUAUGAAGGACUGAAAUUUGACAUUUUUUUUCAAUAGUGAUAGACUUGGAAGACCAUAAGUUAGAGGAGUAGGCUUAGACCUUUCAGCCCAUUGAAUCGGCUCCACCAUUCAAUCAUGGCUGAUAUGCUUUUCAACCCCAUUCUGCUGCCUUCUGUAACCCUUAGGUCCUUCAUUGAUUGAAGGACUAGUCUAUCUAUCUUAAAUACACUCAAUGAUUUGAUCUCCACAGCUUGCUGUGGUGCUGAUGAAGAAUAUUGCUAUUCUUUUAAAGGGGAAUGGGGUGGGAUGUUCUGUGGAAGCAUUAAGUUUACUAAACAUCAGUAAAACUGCUCUUCAAUGAAGCAUCUGGGACUUUCACCAUAAAUUAAAGUACUUUAAUAUACUGCAAAAACAGGUGUCUAUCAUAAACUGAUAGUUCAGUGGCUACAGAUCUCCUUUACGUUGUUCUUAAAAACAACACAGUGUGAUAAGUGUACUCUUGACUUGGUUUACAUUUCACCUUGUAAAUAAAAGGUGUUCUGGAUCCUUAAAUGCACCCAUCAAAAUGUUUGGCUGGAAGUUCUAUAAAAAUUACAUCUUAAAAUUUAGAUGAAGGCAUUUUAUGCAUCUAGUAUAACUAUUGUAACUUUGCAUUUUAACAUUUCAUAAACUGAUUUCGAGCCUUGUCCAUUAUUUCCUUUUGUAUUUUUGUGAUACGUUAUUGUUCAUGUAAAGUGAACAUAAUUACACUAAAUGACUGUUAUGUUACAAGGCCAAAUGUAGUUUUCUAGUUGUAUAAACUUGAACAUAAGUACAGUUGAAUUCCCGUUUUAUCCUGUCAUUCGUUAAAUUACCACUUUCAUAUUUAUGAUGGAUAUUGCCGCCUUAAACUGGGUUCAUGUUGUUUCCAGCAUGACAAGUUGUCAUAGCCAGUUUGCACUGAGUGGAUGUAGAAAUUUUAUAAUGGAAAACAUUUUGGUAAAUGCGGGGGGAAAAAUUAAUGGAAAUUAACAGCCUUGUUUGCCUCUUCACAGUCUCACCUUUUGUUUUUGCAUAGCAGUUGCAGUUUAGUAAAUACAAUACCUCAGAUCUUUCCUCUAUUCAUUCUGAGUGUUCCCUAAUGAGGAAAAUGUGUGCAAAAUUAGAAAGGGUUAAGAUCAGACUCCACUUAACGCAGAGCUGACCAGUCUGUCGAUAGUUGCUUGCUAGGUAAAAACAUGAAAAAUCACCAAAUGUAUAUGAUACCUUACAACAACAAGAUAGUUCUGGAUGUGAGUUUGCUCACUGA